GCGAGGCAGAAGCGGCCCGCAGCUGCCCGGAUCCAUUUUCGCUCUCGGGCUCUUCUCAGAGGGGCUUGGAUGUGUUCCUUGAGGUAGGAUUUUUGAAGGAGCAGAAUUCGGAGACUUUUGGUCUAUCGCAAGAUUUGCGACGAUAGCUUAGAUAAGUCCCUAUUGGUCCCCCGGGACUCUACGCAAUCAACUAGCCUAAGCCCGACAAUUCUGGCAGUUUCCCUGAGGAUUUUUUGAAACGUCUCUCACGAUUGGUCAAAACCUUUUCACGCUUAAGAGACAGAGGCCACCAUUGGCUAGAGUGGCUGAGGCGGCAACUCCCGGACCGCAGAAUUCGAGGCCUGUGGUUACCACAGCAACGCGGAGGUUGGGCCGGCCAGAUUCAGCCGCCCGGACUAGACCAGAUUCAGCCGCCCGGACCCGGCCAGGUGCUUAGAAGAACAUGCAGUAGAGGUUUUCAUCCAACACGUGGGACAUAGCGCAGAAUUCUGCUGACAUGAACAACCCUGCGCCGAAAGACAGGCGUCGCAGCCGAUUUACCGACAAAGUACAGAAAGGUUUCACUGCGGCAUAUCCAACGCAAUCCUCCAUUCCUUUUAAGUCGCAAUAUUCAAUAAUUCCAGAAUCAGAAAAGAAAGGAUUUAAUAGUCAAGCCAGGAGAUUUUAUCACAAAAAGGAUGAUGUCCCAGGUCCUGGGUUCUACAACGUCACUCACCGGUCUCCAGUGUCCAACAGUGUCUCACUGUCCAAGAAAGGAACGGGCACUUUCCCCUCCAUGAGUGCCCGCUUGGACCCCAUCAUUUCUAAAUUCCCUGCCGCCAACGCGUACACCCUCCCGUCGGAGUUCACCUCCAGGAAAGACUUCAGUGAUUCCUGUUCCAGCAUGUUCCAGUUGCCCAGCUUCAUGAAAAUUCCCAAAUGUGAAACUCCUGCACCAAACCAUUACAAUGCCUCUCUCUCCUGCUGCAAGCAGAAAAACAAUGUCUCUGCCCGAGCUGGGUUCAUGUCAAAAACCAAGAGAGGUAUUUUCACUGUUCCUGAGACUGGACCUCCGCCAGGGCAUUAUAAUGUCAAUGAAUCCCUUGUGAAGCAGUCGCCAAAGAUAUUGAUGUCUUGUUUUAAGUCGAAAACUGUCCGUGGACUGAAACUGGCGUCGACAGGCCCAGGCCCCGGUUAUUACAACCCCAACGCUCACACCAAGGUUCCAAAGAAGAGUCUUUUCCCGAGAAACCCCAUCCUGAACUUCUCUGCCCCGCCUCUGCCGCUGCCCCCGCAGCCGCCUCUGCCGGGCCCUGGUCAGUACGAGAUUGUGGACUACGCCGGGCCCCCCAAGUAUUUCAUCUCCAGCGCGUCCUUCGUGUCCAACACCAGCCGGUGGACGGUGGCGCCGGCCCAGGCGGGCCUGCCCGGCCCAGCCACCUACAGGCCAGAAGUCCCAGGAAAACAGUCCUUCCUCUACAACGAGGACAACAAGUGGAUCCCGGCCCUGUAG